CUCGGUGCAUCACGGCAGUGUGCAUUUAGCAGCAUCAUCCUACGCACCUGCACGGCUCACUGGCUGUCGCACGAACAAUAUCGCAGUAAAAAUACUACAAACAUAAGAAAAUACCGAUAACCUGCACACACAAAAAAACAAACAAAAAAACAGCUUGAGUGAGAACGCUUCUGUUUCUUCUCCUCCUCGCAGUUUUGGACCUCGUCAGACAUUCGACUUCUUUUCUCUGUUUGACUCUUCAGGCAAAAUGGGGAAACAGAACAGCAAACUGACCCCGGAGGUGAUGGAAGAUCUGGUGAAGAACACAGAGUUUAACGAACACGAGCUGAAGCAGUGGUACAAGGGUUUCCUGAAGGACUGUCCCACCGGACGUCUCAACCUGGAGGAGUUCCAGCAGCUCUAUGUCAAGUUCUUCCCUUACGGUGACGCGUCCAAGUUCGCCCAGCACGCCUUUAGGACUUUCGACAAAAACGGCGACGGCACCAUCGACUUCAGAGAGUUCAUCUGUGCGCUGUCCAUCACAUCUCGGGGCAGCUUUGAGCAGAAACUCAACUGGGCCUUCAACAUGUAUGACCUGGAUGGAGACGGCAAAAUAACACGGGUGGAGAUGUUGGAGAUUAUUGAGGCAAUCUACAAAAUGGUGGGCACGGUGAUCAUGAUGAAAAUGAACGAAGACGGCCUGACGCCCGAGCAGAGGGUGGAUAAGAUCUUUUCCAAGAUGGAUAAGAACAACGACGACCAGAUCUCGCUGGAGGAGUUCAAAGAAGCGGCGAAGAGCGACCCCUCCAUCGUAUUACUCCUGCAGUGCGACCUCCAGAAAUAAGGUGAAGGGGGGCGAGCGGAGCACCCCCACCGCCAAGCCGCCGCCGCCGCCGCUGCUGCUGCUGCCACGGACUGCACAGAAAGAAUUUCAUGUUCCAUUCAGUUUGCAGCUAUAUUUCCACUGAACAAAAAAAUGAAAUAUAUAUAUAUAAAUAUAUGCUCGGACUACCUUUCAAUGGAUCUUGCUUCUUGUGUUUGAAACACUUGUGUGCAUGAGAAUGUUAUUUGCUUUAAAAAAACACACACACACACACACACACACUACAUAUUAACACCAUGCACAAACAAUAUAUAAAUAUAUUCAAUUAUUCCAAAUGCCAAAAUGUGAAGUGUGCAGUUUUUUCGGAACAUCAAUGACGUGCUGCACUGGAUUUGCCGCUAUAUUCUAUUAUUAUUCCACUGAUGCUACUCGUACGUGUUUUACCAAAACCAAACCAAAUUCCUCCCAUCAUGCAUCUGCCUCUAUACGUCAAAUAUUUAUCUCUAGGUGAUACUCCAACAGGUGGUUUCCUGCUCAAACAUGCUCGUACCGUCACUUUAAAAGAAAUAAAACCAGAAAAAAUACACAUGUGGUUACUUUGCAUGCCUUUAAGUUCCGCCUUAAAGUCAUUCUGCGCCCUGCGAUGGAAGACGAGAAAAGCCUUAUCCGAGCUGACGCCUGCGAGUGAAAAAAAAACAUUUUAACCGGGUGGUGUUGUGCUACAUGUUCUUUCCCCGCCGCUUGAACUCGUGGGAGCAUGUGUCCGUUGUAGAUUCGCUGUCAUAGAACCUUGUGCAUCGAAACACAGUCACUUCGAGAGGUUCUAUGUAGGGAUGGGUAUUUCUAGCUUACUUAGGGCCUGUUCUAUCGUACCGUGCCUCAAGUCGUUCUGGUUAUCAUUAAUAACCGGCGGGAGAAACAAUUGCAUCGGCACAUGGCUGCAUUGCAUGUCCGUGCAUGUGCUCAUGCAUGAGCAUAAGUGUACCAUGGGCUUUGAUGUUAGAGAUUAGUUCACGUCCACUUCGUCUUGGUUAUCCUGAUGAUACAAUGUUACCGUUAUCAUUAAUAACUGGUGAGAGGAAUUAUCAUAUUAAUUGGAAACAUCCCAGCUGUGUUCCUAUGCAAGUGCAAGCAUAAUGUGGUCUUUGAUGUUCAAUCUGUGUUGAUUAUUUUGAUGAUGAAAAUUUAGCGUUGUCUAUAAUAUCUGACAAGAACAAUUAUUAAUAACUGGUGAGAGGACAUGUCAUGUUGAUAACAGGAGACGUCUUGGCUGGGUGCAUGUGCUUGUGCAUGAGCAAGUGUACAAUGAGUUUUGACGUUUGGUUUGUUUUGGUUAUUUUGACAAUGCAAGGUUACCAUUAUCCUGAAUAACUGGUGAGAGGACUCAUAUUAUAGACAAUAUCUUGGCUGAGGGUCUGCGUGUGCGCACAUGCAUGGGCAAGCGCAAUGUGGGUUAAGAUUUUGGAGAUUACUUUGCUUCGUUUUGGUGAUGAAAGGUGACUGUUAUUAUUAUUAACUGGUGAGAGGACUGAUAUUGAGUUUAGGAAACAUCCCCGCCACAUCUUGUGCAUGUGGUCAUGCAUGGGCAAGUGCACCGUAGGCUUUGAUCGAUUCGAUUUAAAUAUUUUGAUGAUGCAAGGUUAUGGUUAUUAUUAAUAACUGGGGAGAGGACUCAUUGUAGUAAUUAUAGGCAAUAUCUCAGCUGAGGACCCAUGCAUGUGCUCAUGCAUGAGCAAGUAUACGGUGGGCUUUGACUUGGAUACCAUUUUGCUUUGUUUUGGUUGAUUUGAUGAUGUAAGGUUGCAGUUAUCAUUAAUAACUGGCAAGAGGUAUCACCAUUAAUUGUAGGCAACAUCGCGGCUGGGUGCUAAUGCAUGAGCAAGUGUUUCUUGGGCUUUGACUUUCAAUUCAGUUUGAUUAUUUUGAUGAUGCAAAGUUGUGGUUAUCAUUAAUAUCUGGGGAGAGGACUUGUUAUAUCGAAUGUAGGCAAUAUCUUGGCUGGGUGCCCCACGCAUGAGCAAAUGCACCAUAGACUUUGACUUUGGAGAUUAUUUUGCUGCAUUUGCAAGGUUACGGUCAUCUUUAAUAACUGGCGAGAGGACCUAAAUUCAUUCUACGAAACAUCCCGACGGGGUGCCUGCGCAUGUGUUCAUGCGUAAGCAAGCGCACCGUGGUUUUGAUGUUCAGUUCAUUUGGAUUACACAAUUUUGCUGAUGUGAGGUUACGGCUGUCAUUAAUAACUGGCGAGAGGAAUUGUCAUAUUCAUUCAGGUAUGACCAAAUACCUAAGCAUAAUGAUCAUAGGAAAUAUCUUGACUGGAUGCAAAUCAUAAACUAGAAACCGUUAGCUUUGACGUUCAGUUUGAAGACGGUUUCUGUUAUCAUGAAUAACUGGUGGGAGGACUUAAUUCUAAUAAACAUCCCGGUAUGCGCUCGUGCAUCAGCAAGUCUUCACUUUUCCACAUGGUGCGUCUUUCUGGUUAUUUUGAUGAAUGUGAUGAUGUGAGGUUACGGCUGUCAUUAAUAACUGGCAAGAGGAAUUGUGAUAUUCAUUCGGGUAUGACCAAGCAUAAUGAUCAUAGGGAAUAUCUUGACUGGAUGCAAAUCAUAAGCAAGAAAUCGUGAGCUUUGACGUUCAGUUUGAAGACGGUUUCAGUUAUCAUGGAUAACUGGUGGGAGGACUUAAUUCUAAUAAACAUCCCGGUAUGCGCUCGUGCAUUAGCAAGUCUUCACUUUUCCACAUGAUGCGUCUUUCUGGUUAUUUUGAUGAAUGUGAUGAUGUGAGGUUACGGCUGUCAUUAAUAACUGGCAAGAGGAAUUGUCAUAUGACCAAGCAUAAUAAUCAUAGGGAAUAUCUUGACUGGAUGCAAAUCAUAAGCUAGAAACCGUGAGCUUUGACGUUCAGUUUGAAGACGGUUUCAGUUAUCAUGGAUAACUGGUGGGAGGUGAUUCUAAGAAACAUCCCGGCAUCCCGGUAGGUGUUAAUACAGGUGUUAAUACAGGCCCAAACACGGUACAAGAACAGCCCAACAUCCUUUAAAUACUAUACUAUAUACAAUAAAUACUAUAAAAAAAAUUGACAAAAAUUUUAAGUAAAAUUUAAGUUGUUUUUUUUUUUAGCUUGCAGGUUGCAUAUCAAUACAAUUAAAAACAGUUCAUAAAAAUAUGGAAAACAAGUCUUGUGCUGCAUUUUCAAUUCAUACUUCAGGAGCUUUAUCGUCACGGUAACAAGAGGAACGCGUCCGAAAUAAUUCAUCCUCCACCCACUCCGGCUUUUUGUACUUUUUUACUUGCCCCACUCUCUCGUCGUACGGAUGCAUGGUCGCGUCAGCGUGGGUGGAAAGUUUCGAAAUGUGUGAGAUACCUCCUGAGAGAGCCCCGUGGUUUUACCUUUCAGUAAGUCCGCCCGCCCGGUACACGUUUAACUCCACACAGCCUAGUGCAUCAUGAGCUAUGUAUGUCCUAAUACACAGUACUGCAGUAUUCCUCAAGCAAUGUGGCUUUGUCCAUUGUCGGUCCUUGAACCUUCUUUUAGUUGUUUUGGAUUCUUUUGGCCCCGUGUUUCUAACUGGUUGCGUGGUUGCGAUGAAGAUACCAAAUGUAAGCAAAGGCAACUGUGUACAAGGAUUCUUUUGUAGCAUGUAUUGUGUUCCUGACGACAUGGCUGCACUACACCCUGUGUUGUGAUUUAAUCUAAUAAAAAGAAACUCUGGGC